AACUCUCGGUGUCUAUUACAGGUAGGCAUCCUAUCUACAUUGUGUCACUCCCUUUUUGAGAGUCCCAGGACACAAUAACUGCCUUAGGUAUGGGCAUAUACCAGUUUAAGUAUGUCUUCAGUAUGCCCGAGUCUCGCAAGUUAUCGCUAUGUUUGGAUCUGACAAGAGAGACCUAGUGACGUUGUUGCUUGCGCGUUCAGGUUAUCUCACAAAGUUUAAAUGGCUAUUAUAUGUCAGCAUCCCUUGAUAUUUGCGUGCCAUGGCUGAAUUCCAUGGUUGCAAUCAUUAUUCUAACAAUGGCGAAGAACCGGAUUCAAGUUGCAAUUGUAGGAGGCGGCAUCGCCGGCCUUGCUCUCGCGGCGGGCUUGGUUAAGAAACGGCAUAUUGAUGUUCAUGUCUAUGAGUCGGUCUCGGCUUACAAAGAUAUUGGUGCGGGCCUAGCCCUUCACCUCAAUGCUAUUAAAGCCAUGGCGCUUAUCGGACCUGAAGUAAGACAGGCGUACUUUGAUAUGGCUCUGUCUAUGGGCGACGAGAACCAGGAGAUGGUAACCGAGGUAAUUCUAGGUCAGGGGCCACAUAAAGGCCAGCUGGUAGCGGAACUUGGUAGGGCGAAGGGAAGAAAGACAGUCAGCCGAGCUGACUUACUGGAGGGCUUUCUAGCACUAAUUCCAAAGGAAACCAUCAGCUUUGGUAAGAAACUCGUCGAUGUUAAAGAGCAAAACUCCAGCAAGCCUAAUGUCCAUCUGACCUUCCAAGACGGAACCGAGGUCAAAGUUGACUGCCUCCUAGGGGCAGACGGAGUACACAGUGUGACCCGUAGCUACCUUCUCGGGGCAGACCAUUCCGCUACGUCGCCUAAAAACCAUGACAGGUGGCAGAUUUACCGGACUAUGGUGCCGACUGAUGAGGCGAGGAAGCAGAUCAACCCCAAGUGGACUACGAAUGUUCCCAUUCUCCUCGGACCAAGAGGCCACGUCAACUGCAUCCCAUUAAAUAAGAACACACGUCUGAGCGCCGGCGUCGCUGUGCGUGGUGCCUUCUUCUCGACGAUCGACGGCUGUGCUCCACCGCUCGACCCAGCCUUGUACGCCGACUACAGCGAAGAGGCCCAGCAGAUAGUGCGGAUGGUAGCCAAGGAUACAAGCUCAUCCUGGACGGUAGCAGACCACGACCACGCGCCCUACUACGCACGGGGCCGUGUCGCUAUGCUCGGCGACGCAGCACAUACCGCGAUGCCGUUCUCCGGUAACGGUGCAGCCCAAGCUCUCGAAGACGCGGCUGUGCUCGAUUACCUCCUCGCUCACGUCGAGCGUCCGGAGCAGAUCGAGCAUGCUCUUCGGGCCUUCGACGAGGUCCGAAGGCCUCGGAGCCAGGCGGUUGUGGAUCUCGCGCGCAAGUUCGGGCGGGUGUAUGCGUAUGCUGAGGACGGCAUGCAUGAGGAUCCGGCGAGGAUGAUGGAGUUUUUUGGCGAGAUGGCGGCUUUUACGAAUGAGUUUGAUGUUAAGGGGCAGAACGAGGCGGCCUUAAAGGCGUUUGUGAGAUUGGAUAUGGAUAAUGGGGAGACCGAUGGGAAGGCGAACGGAGUUGCGAAGAGUUAACUGACUUCCCACCUAGACACAUAUUCGAUAUAUUCUAGUUAUAAUACUACAUGAGCACAAUAUGGGUAGGCAUAGAAAGGAACCGAAAGAAUGUCUAAUGAAUUAUUCGGUUUGAAUGUAAAUAUUAUUUCAUUGCGCUUACAAAAGAUUUCCAACUACAUUUAUUCUCCC